CGCACAGCUCACCCCUUCCCCACGGCGGCACGGCCUGCUGGUCCACUCUGCGAGUGUGUGAAGAUUCUAUAAAUACAGGCAGUGGCGGAGAUCUCGAGGACCGGGACCAGCAGUCCAGCUGCCGAGUGCUGUGAGCCUGUGACUGGCAAGUGAUCCAUCGUCAAGCGAGCGAGCGAGGAAGCAGAUCGAGAAGCACCCAACCACACUGCAGGUGGUGGUGAGUCCUGGUUGCUGCUGGCAAUGGCGAUUGAAGCGAUGAUGCUGAGCGGGCUCAACUCCGGCGUGGUGCUGAGCCUGAUCGCGGUGCUGUGGACGGUGGUGUGGCAGAACCUGCAGCACCUGCAGCUGCAGCAGUUCUUCGCGCGGCACCUGAGCCGGCACGCGCGGCGGCUGGCGGCCAUGGUGGACCCGUACCUGUCGGUGACCAUCUCCGAGUACGAGGGCGGUCGGAUGAAGCGCAGCGACGCGUACGAGGAGGUCAAGGCCUACCUCAGCGACGCCAGCGCCCGCGGCGUGCGCCACCUCCGCGCCGAGGGCGCCAAGGACGCCGACAAGCUCGUGCUCAGCAUGUCCGACGGCGAGGAGGUGGAGGACGAGUUCCAGGGCGCCAGGGUCUUCUGGGGGGCCUUCUCCAAGCAGCCGCCGCGCUCCGACGGCGCCGCCGCGUUCUGGGGCGGCGCCGCCGCGCAGGAGGAGCGCCGCUUCUUCCGCCUCUACUUCCUGGAGCGCCACCGCUCGCUGGUGCUCGACACCUACCUGCCUCGCGUCCGCCAGCUCGGCCGCGACGUCAUGGUCAAGAACCGCCAGCGGAAGCUCUUCACCAACAUCUCCACCAGCCAGUGGAGCGACGGCGGGUACAUGAGGUCGGCGUGGAGCCAUGUGGUGUUCGAGCACCCCAAGACGUUCGACACGCUCGCCAUGGACCCCGUCCAGAAGAAGAGGAUCAAGGCUGACCUCGACAUGUUCAAGAGCGGCAAGGACUACUACAAGCGCGUCGGCAAGGCGUGGAAGCGCGGGUACCUCCUGUACGGACCCCCCGGGACGGGGAAGUCGGCCAUGAUCGCCGCCAUGGCCAACCACCUCGACUACGACAUCUACGACAUCGAGCUCACGUCCGUGCACACCAACACCGACCUCCGCAAGCUCUUCAUCGAGACCACCAGCAAGUCCAUCAUCGUCAUCGAGGACAUCGACUGCUCCCUCGACCUCACCGGCGCGCGCGAGAAGAAGGCGGCGGCGGAGGAGGACGACAAGGACAAGAAGGGCGGCGGCCCCGUCAGGCCCGGCGAGAAGAAGGACACCAGCAGCAAGGUGACGCUGUCGGGCCUGCUCAACUUCAUCGACGGGCUGUGGUCGGCGUGCGGCGGCGAGCGGAUCAUCGUGUUCACCACCAACCACGUCGAGAAGCUGGACCCGGCGCUCAUCCGGAGGGGCCGCAUGGACAAGCACAUCGAGAUGUCCUACUGCGGCUUCGAGGCCUUCAAGUUCCUGGCCAAGACGUACCUCGACGUGGACUCACACCCGCUGUUCGACACCGUCGGCGAGCUGCUCCGGGAGGUGCAGAUGACGCCGGCCGACGUCGCCGAGAACCUCACGCCCAAGAGCCUCGACGACGGCCCGGACUCGUGCCUCGAGGACUUGGUGAAGGCGCUGGAAGAGGCCAAGGAGAAGAAGGCGAGCGGAGGGGAUGAACAGGACAAGCAAGAUGAGGAGGAACAACCUCACGCCCAAGAGCUUGGACGACGGCCCGGACAUGGUGAGGGCGCUGUGGAAGAGGCCAAGGAGAAGGAGAAGGCGAGCGGAGGCGAUGAACAGAACCAGCAAAGAUGAGGAGAAACAGUAGUAAUUUUCAGUGUAUUCAGGAUUGUACUUCCACAGUAGUGCAGUAACUACUGAAAAUUUACCCGUAGAAUAAAUUAAUCACUUCUCCUGUAUCUCAUGUGCCUGGUUUUUUUUUAUUGUUCAGGCAACAUAUAAUUUUGUUAUUGUCUGGCUAUAAAAAAAAACAUGUUCUUUGUCUUU